AUGAUAUAUAGAAAAGAAAUCCCACCUCUGGUUUGCCAGCGACAGCAAGAAGCACUAAACGCAACAAUUUGCAUUCUCCAGAGCUUCGGACCGACUGGCUUUCUCCUUCAGGAGGAGAAUCAGAUCCAAAAAGUUAAGGUCAGCUUGUUAUCUUGUUUCCAGUACAGGGAUCGAAUUUUCAGGUCCUGAUAGGUGCCCAGCAUUCAUGCAGUUGUAAAACAUUUGCGAAAGAUAAAGAUCUCUGCAAACACAUUUGUUGGGUACUCUUGCGGAAGUUUCGGAUCGACAAAUAUGACCCUUGUAACACAUUUCUCUUACAAUAAUUUGAAGCCUCUUGGCAGCUUGGUCUGAACGACAUUGAAAUUACCAACCUCCUGAAGAAGAUUAACAACAAAGAGCCUGUGCAAAACGUAGAAGAGCCUUUGAAUCCUGUUAGCGAGAGUAAGGAGAUAGAAGUGCGUUCGACAAAUCUCCUUCUUUACAUUCCACUUUUGGCAGGGCUUAGCCCAAAGAUCUAUCUCUAGCGAGGAUUUAUGUCCUAUAUGUCAGGAAGAAUUCCUUUCGGAAAGGCGGCCGCCUGUUACAUUUUGUCGAAUGGGUUGUGGAAACAACGUUCACAUGAAGUGCAUGAGGCUCUGGAAGGAUCACCAAGCAAAGCAGACCAAUAAAGGUAUUCUUUUUUUAACAGGAUUUCACAAGCACCUAUACGAAUAACAAUGAAACGCGACUUCACAAACCUCCUUGUUCUUAGGAGCCAAAGCCGAAUUGUUUCUUUGCAGCAGACCUUGACGCCUUUUCGAUCUUUUGGUAAAAGGACCUCCGAGGUGUUUUGAAGCAGAUUAACUCGUGCGCAUGCAACUACGGUUAUUGAAAAUUAAGGAUAUAAUGAAGUAUUUUGACAGUGUCUACUGCACAACUGAUUCUGGCGGACUGUGCGGAAUCCCGCACACAAUAUCGUCAUGUAUAAAAACAUGCUUAAUAUUACUACUAUGACUAUACCAUGCGCCUUUGAAGAGCAGUCUUGAUAAGAGUUCCUGUUAAGGCAAUAUUUGCUUUCAUUUCUUCCUUGGAUGUAAAGCGCAUCUCAUUAUUCUAUCAGUGUAGUAGAUUUGCCAAAAAACAGUAGUUAAUCUGGGCUCCUUAGCUUUCUUAGUGUUUUGUAAAAUAAUACCGAUUUGAAAAAAUUCUUAUUGUCUGCCCAGCUUGUGACGGACCAGUGUCAUUGCAAAAGACCACCAGUGACUUUCAAACAUUCAUUUGGCACAGACUAAUGGAGGACUCCUGGGUAUCGACAGUUUUAUGCUCUUUGGGUCUUCAGUAAAACCGUUAAGGCUAUUUAAUAGGUUUUUCAGCAAAAUGGAAAAAAAGAUGUAACUUAAGAUGAACUCAACUUCCACAGUCCGUCUUUUGCCUUAGGAACAGAAACUAUCCUAGGUGUCCGCGAAACAUUAGAGAACCUAGCAUCUAUAAAAUGACAUUGCUGCUAUCGUGCAAGCUCUCUUACUUGUCUUAUUUAUUUAUACGAUAGAUAAGUUAUUUUAUUGCAUGUCCAGUCGCUCAUUUUCAUGUAAAUAAGUUGGCAACUAUUGAACAGAAGUUGACACGACAUCAUGUUUUUCAAACUCACUCCCCGUUAGUCAUUCUAAAGCUCUUUAUAUAUGUUAAGGACAAGAUUGUAAACAGUUAUUUGCCGAAUCAUAAGUGUUUUCUAUUGAGCAAAGUGCUUUUUCCUCAUAACGAAGAAUAUAUGUACAGUUGUUUUGAUUUUAUCUUUCUUACUGCACAUUCUUCCGCUACAGGAGAUACGGUUUCCUGUCCCAUGUGUCGGGGGGUGUUCGCCAACUCAGGUGAUCUGAUUCGGGAGUUUGCAGUAGAGAGGGAGAGACUGCCCAGACGGAGUCAAGCCGAUUCCGUUUCCUUCAAUUUUUCAGCCAGCAUUUAUCGUCAGUUUGUGCUCUCUACUCGUCACCCAGAUGCUGUUUGUUGUCGGUGCGGAGCAACGCCUUUGUAUGGACGAGUUUACAAAAUCGAUAAUGGACAAAAAUUUUACCAAGAUGAACAACGGAGAGAUUCCCCCGCAGCUUCUGAGGACCAAACAGUUUGUGAGAAGUGCUACAAGAAAGGAAGCGAAGACUACACGAAGGCCUUCUUAUGGAGGGAGGUUAGUUACUAUGAUAAUCGCUGGAUUUAACUUUUCCAUGUGGUCGAUUUUGGAGGCGUACCAGUAUCUGAGUUUACGCAAGCCGAAAAAUUUCUCAGUAUGAAGCAAUCGGUGUGUGCAACAUGGAUAAUUAAGUAGGCUGGGAAUAAAGGGUUUUGAAAGCAUUUGCUGCACGUGGGGCAUACACAGUGACAGCCAAUCAGCAGCUUGAAGGAUAUUCUUGUGUCAAGCGCAGAUUGUGCAAAGUCACAUGCGAUUGAAUAUGUCACAUAUACCUUUACUCUGAAGGCUGACAUUCACAGGUAUUCUCCUUUGCGCAAAUCGUGAGGAAACUCUUCUACAAUCAACUGCGCUACGUUGAAUUUUUCAUUCCGACUGCUGCCAUCUAGUUACUAUUUUCUUCAGCAGAUCUUUAUAAGACAAUCCUCAAAAGUCACGUGAGAGGAGAGCUCACCAAGCUCGCCCAAUUGCAUUGGUCGAAUACAACCCUUUCAUCUUCCUUCGGGGCUCCGAUCAGGGACUUUCAAUGUCGUUCGUGCAGCAGUGAGUAGUAAAAAGUCACCAGUCAUCAUAAUUCUGCUAGUCAGUCCAGAUUGGUUAACGCCACCUUCAGAUAUGUCUGGAUAUUUCCGACAGUAUCAGACAAGACGUAAGUGCCUUACCCAACCAAUAGAGUAUCUCACUCAAUCAAAUGAUCCCGAUAUGCUUCAGCACUUGACAGCGUUUCUAGCUAUUCAAGACGUAAGCCGUCUAGCGACGUUGUUCGGUGAUGUCUGUUUAGUUUUUAAAGGCGUAAUAUUAUUGUCAUUGCAAAGCCUGUGUGCUGGCGUAGAAGACGCGAGAACCAAUUAAAUUUCUUUCAAAUUGCUGCGAAGUCGCAAACGAACAACUUUUUUUGCUAGUUUAAGCCGGUAUUUUUAAAGUCAAUGAAUUGGCUUGCUUAAUCUAUGUCUUGGUGCAAAGAGGAGAAACAAAACUAAAACCGUCAUUCCAUACGCUCGAAUAUGCGCUUAGUUUUAUGCUUUUUCCCGUAAAAAUGUUUUUGAAAUGUCAGUAUUCUGCCUGAGCCCCACGGACUAUUGUAUUGUUUUUAUUUGUCUAAUGAUUCUGGUCCUUGGCCGGCAAUCUACCUCAUACCUUUCAGUUGCUAUUUAUGUAUGAAUACAUUCGAAUGUCUACCCAUCCUAAUGGACUUUUACUUAGACGGUGCUUCAAGUGACAAUCACAUUAACUUCGAUCUGACACACUUUAGGAACCGACGGGCAGAUGGCGCAAAGUUCCUCAAAAUCUCGGUCACCUUGCAGGCUUUCGGAUUCACACAGUCGAUUUUUCAGACGAAGAGACUACGCAGCAGAGGCGAGACCCAAUUUUCACUUAUAUGCAUAAUUUUCGACGUUUUCCUCCCUUAAGCAGGCCAGUAAUAUGUCCGUUUUUGGUCCUUCAUGUAGGUCAAACGAUGCUUGGGCCACUACACGACCACUGUCGCUUGGUGAGCUCUCUCGCAUCUCCCAUUGGGCAAUUCGGGUUCCAAAGGUGAGUAUUUGUCGAAAGAACGGGGCCAUUUCUGCACUCCCCCAUCGAAUACUGGGCUUGCUGACACCGGGACGGCAAUGCAGGAUCUGUCUCAUGCACUUUCAACUUGGCGAUGAAGUGCGUCGGCUAUCCGGCUGUGGUCACAUCUUCCACUCUACUUGCGUCGACCCCUGGUUGCUGCACGCGUAAGUCCCUAAGAUCUUUUUCCCGACCGGUACUCCUAACAAGCGGCCGCAUCUGAAAAGCAACACCCAUGAACGCAUUAAUACCGGUGGGAAAACAGUUUUUACUAGCAGGGUAGGCUUUGCGCAUAGUAAGCGCGUCCAGUCCAUGGCGUAUAGAAACUAUUUGCAGGCCACGAAAUGCACAGCUUCUUUAAACGUGGAGACUUCGGGCAAGGUUUCAUUUCAUAGAGGUGCAAUUGGGUAUAUUAAAGGUCGGCUAAGGACAUUUUGUCGAACUAGAGGUCUAUGGAGUGCAUUUUAUCCUACAAAGAAGAGAUCUGGUUUAUCGCCUACCAGAAGGCAACGAUCGCCAUGAUAAUAUAUAUAUGAUGCGGUCAAGAAGUCUGCAGGAUGAUUAAAUUUUGAUCGCCCGCAUUAAGUACCUGCACAGAGCCAAGUUUAGCCGAAAGUCUUGGAAUCCUUGCGCUUUCUCGUUUACGCCUUUUUCGUUAUAAUUGGUGGCAAGUCUGUUUUGCGGUUUGUGACCGUGAGCAAUUUCUUCCAUUUGGGUUCGCUGCGGGGGAUGAGCAUCCGAUUGGCCCGAUCAAUCCAGCCCUGAACCACGUCGCCAAGGCUGCAAACAACCGGUAGGAAAUCUACCUCCCUCUCUACCAGAUUCAGCCGCUUCAAGAUAUGAGCGAUGUGAAUUGGGGGAUAGGCUUAGAUAAGCUUGAUGAGUACCUCGAUACAAAGGUUGAAGAGUAGGACCUCAAUUUACUCACUCAGGAAGACGUCCUCCAUGACGAUAGCACGCUGUUUGCGCAGCAUUUUCUUAAAUAAAUUGAUGUCGUUCUCCUGGUAGGCAGUGACCAAACUUGUUACAGCCAUGGCUUGGGAAUCACCCUUGUACGGCUUGGUCUCCUGGAAGUCAAAAGGAGUGACGUUAGACUAUAGUAGCAUACUGGGCGGACGAGGUAUUUGAGGCUCGAGGAAGAUUUUGCACAACUUCGUGUUUGUCUUGAACCACAGGCUUUCAUUACUUGCCUCCAGCAGAGCAUUCAAAGGUGGUGGUGGUGGUGGUGGUGGUGGUGGGGUAAAAGUUCUGCAGAAGAUUCACCUGCCUCAGGGUGGAGACGUCUUCCAGGGUAGAGCUAACGGUCUUUUCGGAACAGUUUCGAGUUACUGCCGAUAUGAUGAACGUGCAUCUGACAGCAAAAUAAAUACAACAGUUUGCAAUACCGCAUGAUUGCAGUUUGAAAGAGAUUGUACUCGACAGGCGACGCUCGUUCAUCGCUGUGCGCGAACUUCUUGCUCGCAAUCCCUUAUAUAAAAACACUUUCAGGGAAGACGACGAGAAUUCUAAAACCGCUUAGAAUUGGCGCGGUCCAUAAGUUGGACUCGGCGAUCCGACAGCGGAUAAUCGGUCCUAAAGACUUAUUGUUAGUGAGUAGACAGUCAGCAAUAAUUUACAGCAUCCUGACGUAAUGGGCAGAAAAUUGCAUAAACACUACCUCUCAAUCAACCGCAAGGGUAUCGGGCUUAUGACCAUACAAGGCGGCAGAAGCAAAAUUCUGAUGAGUCAGUGAUAAGAUGAUCAGACUGCCCCCGUAAGUUUAGUCCUAUCAGUCUAACUUGCAUCGCGUGUAAAAUGAUGAAGUGCAUUACCAAGAGACAUUUGACGGAAUGCUUGGAAAACAACAUGACUUUUGACCAAGAGGUUCUUGCCACACGAGUAUUCUAUACUCGAAAUAGAAAUGGACAGGGACCACAGAUAAGGGUUAGCCAGUAGAUGCCAUAUUUUUGACUUCAGGAACGCCUUUGAUAGCGUCCCACACAGGCUUCUUUUACAGCAGAUUUUGGAUGCAGGAAUCCGAAGAGAAAUGUUUACAUGGGUCAGGAGUUUCCUGUCUUCCAGUGUUCAGGGAGUCGGUGUUGGUAACUCUACCUGGGAAAUGGCAACAGUGGAAAGUGCACUAGCGAAAUGGAUUGCGAGAGUCUCAUGUUGGCGGAUGCCAAAAAAAUAUGGAGUAAAGUCAAAUGCCCUAAUGAUGCAAAGAAACUCUGACCGAACAUCGAAAAACUGGAUGUUUGAUCGAAAAGGUGGAUUUUAACGUUUAACAUGUCCAAUUGCGUGAUCUUGCACUCAAGCGCCGGUCGAAAUGUCCCUCUCAAACAUCGCUACUAUAUUAGCGAAACGGUAGUAGAAACCGUAACAAGACAGAGAUCUGGGUGUAUAGACGACCACAAAUCUAUCGCCAUCAGAACGCUGUAGAAAGAUGGUCCAGAAGGCAACUUCUACUUUACACUGGAUCAGACGUGCAUUCAAAUAUUUCCUCCCGAACUCUUCGGAAGACUUUUCGGCGCCUUUGUAAGACCCCACCUGGAAUAUGGAGUACCCGCAGCUUCACCCUGGAUAAGGAAGGAUAUUGACUUACUCAAGCAGGUGCAACGCAAAACAACGCAGGCGGUCGAUGGCCUAAAAAAUUUUUCGUAUCAGGAGAGGUUGAAUGUGCUUGGCCUAUUUGCUCUAUUUUGUAGGCAACUAAACUGCAGUCUAUUCUAGACAUUCCAGAUUGUCCGAGGCCAUGGUUGCUCACUGAGACCGGAUGACAUUUUGGAUUUAGGCUGUACAAACCAGUUACGCGGUCAUCCCUACAAAAUCAAGUGUGAACGCACGCGGUUAGACUGUACGAAGCCUUAAUUUAGUCAGCGGGUUGACCGACCAUGGAGCUGGCUACCAAGUGAGAGGAUGGCGGCCGACAAAAUUCGCAUAUUUGAAAGAAACUUGCUCGUGUAAUUUUCGACAAAAAGGCUUCCGUGAUGAGUCGCAGGGAAUAGAAGCGACUCAACAUUACUAUUGUUGUAUCGUGAACCGACCACAUUUGAAAUGUCUGCAAGUUUACUUUGAGUGUGAGUGUGCGAAAUCAUUGUAUAUAAACAGGGUCAUCAAGGGCUCUGCCUGUAAUCCUUCAAAAACAUGUAUGAAUGCAUAUAAACAACUGUAAGCUGCACCUGCAUUCUGCCUACCAAACGCUAUGCGUAGGGUUCGAAUCAGUUCGGGCAGACCCAACGGCUGACGCAUGCGGAGAAGAGGCAAGGUUAAAAUCGGAGUUCGAGUGUCUAACAUGGAACAGGGCAACGGUAUGGAGGAGGACCCCACUUCACUGUCGGUAGACCGUGGAUCGUGUCAUACGGGAUUGGUGCUAAGGAGAGUUUUUACAGGUGUGCCAGCACACUAGACAGUAAGCUGACAAAAUGCAGAAAACACAGAAAUCGCUGGAAUUUCUCCCGAAAGACUCAUCGAUGAGUGUGUUAAUUAAAAAUGAACAAAAUGUAAAUUUCAAAAAUAAAGGAGUUUGAGUGACGACUUGAAGUCGUGAGAAGUGAUUGUUAUUGGCAGUGUAAUGUCUGCAAAAGCUUUCAAAUGGAUGCCAAAAUAAAAGCCCCCAUGACGUGAUCCACAGUCUGCCGUCCGUUAAAUGGGGGCGCCUCUCCAUACCGUUGCCUGGGAGAGUUUCGCCAACGUACUCAUGAGGUCGAAAGCAAUUCGUCAAGGCAGUCACUAUGGGUCAGCCCACCCGAUGGCGUGAGGGGCUGCUUCUGGUCGUCCGCUUCCUUGGCUGUGAGCUUUUCGUCCAUAAUGAUGAUUGAAUGACGACAAUACCGUCCGAUUCUGAUGAGACAGUGUUACUCACUAAUGCGGAUAAUACCACCGGCUCAGUUGUGCAUAAAACUCGCCCGUCGCUAAUAAAUGUAACAUGUUUAGCCUAUUUCGUCAUAAGCUAAUUGGACAGGUUUGUUUCUUAACAGCGAAAUAUCCAAAUUCUGCUUCCGUCCUUGAUCCUGCACCUUUUAUUGAUUAUAUCCGUCCACACACAGCAUCCGAUGUACUGUACUUCUUUUUAUUCGUCUUCUUCUGCUUCUUCCUCUUCUUCUUCUUCUUCUUCUUCUUCUUCUUCUUCCUUCUCUUCCUCUUCUUCUUCUUCUUCUUCUUCUUCUUCGAGCCCAUGAGCAUUGAAAAUAAUUUACUGGAUAAGGCAUUUGAAAAAGACUUCCUUAAUAUGAAAUUAUUUGCCCAGUAUUAUUUACCAGCGUCAUAGUACGCGUCAGCUCAGAGGUUAACACUGGACUUUGUCCAUAGCUCUGCCAACAAGGAUAGGCUUGUUUGCUUCUCAACCAUCCAUCGAUCCCCCGAUAGCGGCAACCUUUUGUACAGCCGCAGAGAAAUGUUCCGUAGUAAGUAAACAAAAUCAGCUAACUGAGCUCCACUUCGGUAGAUUUUCCGAGCUUUCAGCCUCGUAUUGCACUCAUCUUCGGAAAUGAGAAGGUGAAAUAAGGCGUCCCACCCUCUUUUUCCACUGCUGUCAGGUAACAACGAUUGUCGAAGAUUUAUAGCCGGCUGCGCAGGGUAGUGUACGUGAGCGAGUAAUGGAUAUGCUGGCCUCUAAAAGUUAUUCUCAGACAUUCGCAAUUCGAUAAAAUCGCAGCAUGUUUUGUUUUUCAGCCGGACGAUUUCUUUUUUCUGCGGUGAAACCAAAGAAGAGGCUCGUCUUGGAUACUUGUGCAAAUUUAUAACAACUGGUUGCUGUGUCGUAUGCGAUUUAGUUUUCACAUAUAUGUGAUAUGAAAUCUCGUCCGGUUCAACUGAUACAGUAACAAGAAUAUUUCACAAAUUGGGUACGACAGCUGUCAUUUCAUUACUCAUCAAGGUUUAGCCGGUACUUUAUUUUCGUGACUCGCGUACGCGUAGUGAUUCUGGGCACGUGCAAAAUCUGGACCCCUGCUUCGAUACAAUGCGACCAGCCACUUCUGAUACCCAGGGGUUCAUUGCAUGUCUUUGAGCCCCUUUUGCAACUUUGUUUUCUGGGCAGUCAGCACCAGGGUAGCGGGUAAGUGGGAUUUUGGGUAGCCAUUCUGCGUUAUUUAUUCAAAAGCAUGAAGAGCCUAACAUGUUUUAUCUUCGGAGGUGCUGCAGAAGGCAUGGAUGCAUUAAAAUGGCUCCUUAAAAGAGGACAGUUUGCGUUCUAGAAAUUGUUACCAUGAAAGUUAGGGAGUUGGUAAAUGUUUGCUGCUUUCCUGUUUACCGUCGUUUCGAGUUAGUCCAUAGGAGAAAUAUUAGAAAGGAGGUUGGUAGCAGUUGGCAGUGGGGCGAGAGCACGUCCGAUGCCGCGAGUGCUGCGUUCGCAAGUGUGGGGCAGUGGUGUAGCGACCGAGGACGUCAAGGAUAGCACAUACCGAGGUGGCGCAGCUCCAGAAAUAGAUUCUGACUAAGGUCCACCUGCGUAGAGUCGGUAACACAUAACAAUACUCAUCCACACGAAGGUAGAGGAGAAACUUUAGGUGGGCAUAAAGGUAUAAUACGAAGAGGGGGAAACUGGCGGCACAUAUAAUAGUGUUUAACUGUACGGACGGGAUGCGUUACAGCAAGAAAGUGACCUGUUUGGAUGUCGAGGCAACACCGACCUGCCUGAGAAACACCCGGUGGGGAGUGUAGCGCUGUGGGCAACUGCAGGGGUGGGCCGAAGCGGCUGCCGAUGUAGAUAGAGAGAGAGAAGCGAACGUUACGGUGACUUGCGGAGAGGGGGGUCGGCGGUACGGGGAAGGCAGGGCGCCGGCUAUUGUCACUGACGUGCAGUUACAUCAUCACCAUCCUAGGUCUGCGCGGGAAGUAUCACCUCACUCAAACAACUCUAUACAGUUCGUGGGUCGUUACGGUGGGGGUAAUCGUCCAGCGAUUUCAGAGAGGUCAUGUCAGAGUCCUCCUCGAAGAUGAUUGGCCAGUUUGGACAGCCAGAUUGGCCGAGGAAGAGACAGCAAUUGGUGCGCGCGUAAAAUUAAUCGCAAGAGGCUCAGCGUUGCAACAUGCGCCCCGAUAUGGGCCACUGCAUGUUUACCUUGCCGAUUCAGGAUUUCUCCCGCUUAGAGGUGAGUAGGUGUUCGUGGUAUAGACAAAAAGGGUUCACAACACCAGCGCACCACCACCCCUUCCUUUACGGAUUACCUUUAACUCGUGCAUUCACUUCCGUGCGUAGGCGGAUCUUAAAAAAACUAACCUCCCCGUUCAUUUCCCACUCCUUCGCCGUUUGAGGUUCAUUUGUAGCUCGAUAGCAGCAGAAAAGUGGCCAAAGUAUUGCUUUUUGAAUUUUCCUCCCCUCGAUUAUUCCCCCAGUCUCUGCCCACCAGUCGCUAUGUGGCCGUCUGAGAGAGUAUCCUAACUUACAGUGUCCGGGCCACGUACCACACUAAAAGUAGGUCAGGUCGAUGCAAGCCAAUUCCAUGUGACCAACGGGAAACACGUCUGUUUCCGUCCGCCACUUCAGCUUGCGCACUGAGUCCGUGAGGACAGUAGCCCGGCGACCUGGUCAUCACAAUGAAGUGUUAACGUAUUGCCGACCCAAUUCUCCUGCGGCCCGCUUUCAAACAAACGACGGGACCUAUUUUGUCUCUUCUCCAUGGGAAAAUCGAGAGAUAACAGGGAGGACUCAGAUGGAGAAUUUUAUUCUGUCUCCUUUUCGUUGUGUGACCUGAACUCACCUGCAGGUGUCUUCUGUUGGGCAGGAUCUUAUUUCGUAGCCAUACCUGUUAGGCGUAAGGGUUAGGUGUGAGGCUGGAGCUUACCUACUGCAGGUACGGCUACAAAAUAGGAUCCGACCCGCUGUUGUGUCCUCUGGCCACAAACCAGUUUUUAUUUAGUAGUCCUUAUCCAAUUGUCCGCACUCACGCGAUCUCUUGUCAUAUGUUCAAAUGUGAACCGGAGGUUUUCGGGAUCAGACCAUUCUCGUUCUUAUAUUUAUACCAGGUCACCCUGCUGUCCCCUGGACAAAAUAUUUGCUGCUCCUCCGGCCCCCAGUUUGCAAGAGAAAGAAUUGAAAUUGCAUGCACGCCAUUCUCAAUUAAGACAGAACAUGGGUCUUGAGCCCUCACUUGAGGUAUAUAUUCCUUGAAGAGCGCAGUUUGCUUUCCAUCCAUUUUCCAUUUUUAGUUACGUUCCACGGGUAGCUUCCCUCAUGAAAUGCAACCUAAUCGGAAGAGUCCGACAGACAAACAAAACCCUUCGAAAAAGCAGUUUGCGAUCUUUCGGAGAGUAAAAGUUCCAGUAAAACUAGAUCGCUGACCGAUGCAUGCUGGAUAGUCUGGAAAACUUACAUGAUAAGACUGGAAUGAUCUAUGUAUUAUUAUUAUUAUUAUUUCAGUUCUGCUGAUGCACAGUGUCAUACUAUGUUCAGUUCAUGACAAGUAGUCUUUACAUGUCGACCAUACCGUUUCAAGGCAGAUUAUGGGAUACAAGGAACUCACAAAAGCGGGAAACACUCAAGCGCUCUGGGAGCCGAAUUCGGGCCCCUGAACUCGCAUCGCGUCCUCUGCAUUCACACUAUUGCAGUGACGCUCAUUCCAAGUGGUGACGGUGUGGUGAAGGUGUAUCUGUCAAAUUUCGCUAUUUAAUAUCUAAACGAACUGCACGUAAGAGGUUUGUUUUGAAAACUCGGUAAAAUAAUCUUUCAGACUAAGACAGAGACUCGCCUAGCAUGUGUCGAAGAGAAAUUCAAAAACGCACGAUAUCCAAUGCUUUAAAUUAAGUGUGUUAUAUUUUCAUGUUUCCCCCCAAAAUGGAUUAAGAUGCUUACAUACGCAGUGAAAUCAUCCGAAGGGUUUAUUCUGAAAAUACGAAAUGUUAGAGAAAUGACCUGGCAUUUUUCAAGUGUGGCACGUGAAUUAUUGAGAGAGGCAUGUAUGUUGUGCAGUGCUAUUCUUUUAUUCGCAAAUGCGAAAAAUGCUUCAUCUUACUUACUGAAUCGUUGGUCGAUCAUUCGUUUCUAAAUAAACUAAAGAGGAAUCAAGGGAACGGCUGUCAGAAAAAAAGUAGAUCAUUCAGUAGUUAAUACUGCUAGCAAAUUGAGUUCUGAUCUUCCUAAGCCCCAAUUAUGCUAUGAUAGUACCCUUAGGGGUGCUAAAUAAGACAGUUUAUUUGUUCAUUUAUUUAUUUUGCGUAGUAUUAGAUUAACAUUUCAAAAUGGCGCUGUUGCAUUGUCUUUAUGAUCUGAUUUACUUCCGGCCAUAUUAUUCUAGUGGACGCAUGAAGCAGCCUGUGUGCUCUAAGAUAAAAUGACGCCACACAAUAAUACUUUGUCCUCUAACUAAACAUCACGUGUUUUGGUAAAUGGUUUUUUGAAGCCUACUUAAAACGCCUAAUUCUUUGUUCUUUGUCGCCUCAAAACCUAGCACAACGUAUGAUAUUUCAAAUAUCUGGAAUGCCUUUUUGGUAUAGCAGACCAUAGGGACUGGGUCGGACACUCAACCACCAAAAGGCGCAAUAUAAUAUUUAUUGAUUUAAUCCCGUCUUCACGCUGAACUUUUUGCAUUUAUCCACGUCUGUGAUAGGUAGAGCAUGGAUCUUUCAAAAAGAACGUGGAUUUACACGUCUUUUCUAUUAGCAGUAAUAACAUCACUAACAAGGUGCCUUUUUCCCGCUCAAAUGAGAUCCAUGUCGUCCCUUUGUUUCUGUGAAAACCUGGUCCAGCGUGCGCGCGUGGACCGAGCGUGUGUGGUACGCGCAGAUGCACUGCUUAGCUUUGUCAGCCGCUGCGUCCAACUCCGCCACCCGUCUUCUUGACUUCUUCAUGACACCAAGCUCAGAUAGGUGCGGCGGAUACAACGCAUGUCCACUAUCAUUAACAGUCCGAUCGUAGUUGCCGUGAUGUCUACCAUGUGAGAACAGUGACGGCGACUUGCACUGCAUCUACCACACUCUUUCCUCUCCCACUUGAGUCCCGUGUCAUGAUAGAGUCAAGAAGACCGGAGGCGGAAGAGGGCGCAGGUGGCUGGCGCGGCCGGAGCUGCGGUGAUUUACCGCUGGUCUUCAUGAAUGCGCGUAUGAACGAAAAGGUUUAUGUGAUGACUGGAUGUGCAUAGGGUAAUGCGGACAAUGGAGGCGAUGGCGUCUGAUGUACGUUGGGACACCAGGAACUGAUUCGCCAGUCUUCGUACGAUGGCUUUGCACGCGGCCGAUCAGGCCGAUGUGUGACGUGAACGUACGGUGACAGUGUUGGCAGGAUAUUUUGGGGGAUGGUGAGUCGGUUGUCGUUGUGAUGCUGCUAGGGGGGAUUAAAAUCCACCGGCCCUGCCAUCUACUAUUACCGUGUACUAAUUCUAGCGCAUGUCACAGCCCCUGCGCCCAUAUGCUGUGGUACACACGAUGGUCAUUGUCGGAAUUGACGAUAGAACUGUCGAUAUUCGCUACCUCAAACAGGGUUACUCUGCGACCGAACACAGUGCCGAGGAUCUCAACAACUGUUAGAUGAGCAAACUAGGACAAGACAAGAAAUUAAUAAUUAAACAUUUUUAAAUCAACAACCAGCCGAACAUAAGUAGGCAUCCACUAGGCGAGUCUAUAUCGAGCUCAGUUUAGACACCUUUUGCGAUCUGAUUUCAUCCAGUUCUUAAUAGUUCAGUAAUAUGACAUUCUUAUGUCUAUUUUCGGAUACUUUACAAUUGUAUGCGCAUUGACUUCGCAGUCAGCCGACCAUGCGCUGCAGGUGAGCGGACUUCAUAUGAACUUCGGGUGUCCCACCCCUGAGACCAAGAAAAACGGUCGGACAAGGGAGGAGCCCUUGACCGAGGGCAAAAUAAGCACCAUGCGAACUAACUCGGCGCACGCUCUUUCAAGGACGAAUAACAAAGCUAUGGCCACAGAGCAUCAGCCACUGAAAAAGGUACCGAGGUAGAGGGAUGUGAACGUAGUUAUUUUGGCAGAAUUGUUCAUUUCCCUUCCUUCCUUCUAUGACUACUCGAUGUAUGGAUGAAGUUUUUUUGUUAAACCUUACCAAAGUCCAACGUAAUGUUUGAUUUAGUAAAACCCCUCCACGGCAAAUUUUAAGUAAGCUGAGGAAGUAACUGUCAGGAUUUUGCGAGUCAGGCAUGGGAAUAAGGAUCCCUAUAACACAGGCGGCCUUGUGCCAAAUUCUAGGGCGUACCUGGCUCUAACAUAAGUUGUCAAUAGAAGCGAAGAGACUAGUCCAAGGACGUGGUCUUGAAGAAGGAGACACAAUCGCUGUGGCAAGAGCUUUAUUGGCCUGACGUUUCAGAUUCCUGCUCAAAUCCAUCACCAGAGACAGCAGCAGAUACGGGUGAUUCACGCACAAGAGACUGCAGUAUUUAUAGGAUGCAGUCGCCAUGCUACCGCAUACCUAUGAACAUUCACGGCUCCCCCCUUCAUCCGGGAUCGAUGCCCUUGGUGUGCUAAUUGUUUGAUGGCCGACAUUUGCGUCGUUAAUUGCUGCUGCACGUGAUGAAAUUGCAGCAAUUAUAUCCAUACCCAUAAGACUAAUUAUAAGCCCAAACACCCAGUUAUCUAGAUUAAGGCCACCAGUAAUACGGGCUGUCCAUGUAACGGGUUUGUGAUUAGAACCAUGCAAAUCAAGCAGCAGAAUCCUUAAAUUCCUUUGACUGCACAACACGUUGACGGACAUUCCAAGUUUACCAAUUCUUCAGUCGAUUCUAAGAGUUAUGCUGCAGAUCUAACUGUUGAUGGGAAAGGCGCAUUUCAAGUGUAAAUCACUUUCCAACUUUUAUAUAUCAGCCUGUAUAUGUUAGUCUUUAUUCAACCAUAGACCGCUGGUCCCACUGAUUCAAAUCCUCCGCCGAUGGAAAUCGGUGGAAGCAGACUCCACAUAGGACGCCUCCCCUCCUCGGUAAGUCGGCCGAUGUUUAAGUUUUCCUAG